AUGAGUCACAAGCAAACUCCCCGCGAUUUUUUGAAGUUGAUCAUCGGGAGACCGGUGGUUGUGAAGCUAAAUUCGGGAGCCGACUACCGAGGAGUUUUAAUAUCACUUGAUGGUUACAUGAAUGUAGUUUUGGAGCAAACUGAAGAAUAUGUAGACGGGCAGCUCAAGAACAAAUAUGGAGAUACGUUUAUUAGAGGAAACAAUGGUUUGUUUGUUAUUUUACCUGCUCUUAAUAACGCUCGCAUUUUAGUGUUUUACAUAAGCACUCAAAAGCGG